GGUUCUAAUAAGUUAUAAAUAGCACUAUCCAUGACAGUUUAUAGAUACUAUAACUAUUUAUAUCUUGAGUUUAAAUUGCUCUACUUAUUGGAAAUCUAUUGAGUUAUAGAACAGUACCGUUUUACAUUUCAAUCUUACGUCGUCGAUUGAUUUUGAUGUCCAGAUGCCGUUAAAACGCGUGGAGAAAAUAUGUUAAAAUGUUUUCAGUGUGUGAGUGCUUCAAAUAAGUGAACAGUCGAAAUGUUACCAAUUUGUUUAAAUAUGGAAAAGUUCCAUGUAAGACUUGUAGUUCUAAGUACAAUCAUAGUUUAUUCCAUUUCUACAGCUUCACCGAUAUACGACAACGUGGACUCCGAAAAGGACGCUGCACCAAUAUACGAUAACGUGGACUUCGAAACGGACGAUGAUGUAGGAGAAUAUGGAAAAUAUUUCGAGGGAGACAUGGUGCUGUCGGUCUCUCAACAACAAGCAUUAAACAAUAGUUACGCUCGCAAUGGUCUAGUCGACGAAAAUCAACGCUGGCCGAACCACACCGUCGUGUAUCACAUCAACGAAGAAGACUUUGAUGAAAAACAAAUGUCUAAAAUUAUGAAUGCUAUAGCUGAAAUAGAGAAUCAUUCGUGUUUAAUAUUCCGACCCAGAACAAGCGAAGACGAACAUGCAGUCGUUAUACAAGGUUCAAAUGAUGGAUGUUCUUCAACUGUGGGAUAUGUACCACCUGGUGACGAUGAGGACCAAUUCAUAUUUUUAGCCCCGGGUUGCUUCAGACACGGUUCCCUGGUACACGAGUUGCUGCAUACUCUUGGAUUCCGUCACAUGCAGAGUACUCAUGAUAGAGAUGAUUAUGUAACUGUUGUAUGGGACAAUAUACAACCUGAAUACGUAAAUAAUUUCUUAAAAUACGACAAUGACUCUAUCACUAAUUUGGGAGUACCGUAUGAUUACAACAGUGUAAUGCACUACUCGGGGAAGGCAUUUUCUACAAAUGGAAGCGAUACCAUUAUCCCACGAAAGGUAAAAACUACACACCUAAUAUAUCUACCUACCUCUUUCUCUUCAGAUUAUUUAAACGUUAUUUCAUUUGGGAAAGUAUUACACACAUAUAUUAUUAUCUAUAUGAUACCUAUAGGGGAAUCAGACCAAUAUUUUGUAGUUAUCAUGGGACACACAAAGUUAUCGGUGGUUCUAUUAACUGUAUUUGCUGUCAAGUGUUUGGCGAUGACAUAUCAUGAAUUGGAGGAUUUUGCGGAGUACCUUAAGAAGACAUCACAGCUCAGCCCUACACUAAAAAAAGGCGCUGAUCCUGAUGUGGACUAUGACGAUGAUGAGGUUGUGUCUGAUCAUGCUUGGGAAGAAAGUGGCAAGUUUGAGGGUGACCUGAUCCUAAACGAGCGUCAGCGGCGUCUUAUAGUUGAAGAUGUAGCGGAGGGCCUAGCCAGAAAUGGCAUUAGUGAUGGAACUAAGAGAUGGCCCAACAAUGAAGUCAUUGUUUAUAUUCAAGUGGAACAUUUCACUAGCGACCAAGUACAAGCAAUUCAAAAUGGAAUAGAGGAUCUUGCACGGGCAUCUUGUGUCAAGUUCCGUCCAUAUAGAAAAGGAGACCGUGAUGCCGUUGUCAUACAGGGUAGUCGCAGAGGUUGUUUUUCUCAAGUGGGCUACCAAGGCGGUUAUCAAGUGUUAAACUUGUCGGGUCGGCAUCCUGUCGGACGCGGUUGCUUCCGUCACGGGACGGUUGUCCAUGAAUUGCUGCACACUCUUGGCUUUUAUCACAUGCAAAGUAGUCCAGACAGAGACGAUUAUGUUGAUAUUGUUUGGCCCAACGUACUUCAAUCGGCGAGACACAACUUUCGCAAAUACAACUCGUUCUCCGUGUCAGAUUUUGGCGUGGGUUACGACUAUGACAGUGUCCUGCAUUACAGCCGACGAGCUUUCUCCGUUAAUGGCCAGGACACGAUUGUUCCAAAACAGGUUGGUGCUCAAAUCGGACAAAGAAUUGGACUAUCAGAUAAAGAUGUACAAAAACUGAAUAAAAUGUAUUGUGACGCUGAAUCAGAUAGCGGCCAAGCAGAUGAAAAUGUUACCAAAAAGACGGAAAGUAAAAAAAAGAAAGGCAAGAACAAACCAUUUAAUGGACAAGGACUUGGCUAUCACCAAGGUAAAGCCGUGGUUUUCAAAAUAUUACCAGCUGCCGAAACUUAUAAGUUACCUGACGUACCAAGUUUUCAUGUAUUUGAUUAUUUUAGUAAAGAGCCGCAAAUCCUGUCGACGUCGGAAAACGAAGGUUUUCGUAUUGGAAAAGAAAUAGCAUAUUCCUACAAUCCGCCUGAACCAAUGACUGCAAGAGAUGUUCAUAUACCAGCACAUUUGGACCAUGGCCAUGAGUUACAAGUACAAACAGAACAGACUGAAAAAGAGGGGCAGAAUAAACAUAAAAAUAUUGCAGGAGUAAAACCUGUAAAUAAGCAGUUAAGUAAUUCUGAAACGGCCGUAGACGUCCCUGUACUUGAAGGUCACACUAGUCAAUCAGAAGCAGAGGAAACUGAUGCAGAUUUAAUUGAUGCAUUUGAUAGACUUUCAAAAAUAAUAAGAUUGCACGUGUACCCUUCUCAAACGCCAGAUCUAAGUAUUUAUAAAACAAAUAGUCAGUAUACUGAUCAUUACAACCCUUUGCAACUUAAAGCUGAGAGGGAUAAACUUGUGUCCCCCGUGCAAUCUCAAACAAGCAAGCCAGAGAGAGAUGAAAUGAAUGCUGCUGUCAAAUUUAUAAAUAAUAUGUACGAUUUUAAUUCUGAAAAAUCCAUAACUUCAAAAAUAGUCGAUGGUGACGAAUAUAACAUCAAAGAAAAAAAUGAGAUGAAAGAUGAUAUGAAAAUUGUACCUGAUCAAGAAAACCAUUCAUUACCAUGGUAUAAAAAUUAUAAAGAUAAUUAUGUUACUACGUCAGGUUUUGAAUCUCCCGAAGAUUAUCAAGCCAGAAAGGGUUAUCCAAACAUCGAAUUUCCAAAAAUGCUCAAGGAUGAAAAACCACACGAUACUGAAGAUGAAUGGUAUCAAAAAUACGUUAAAUACUAUCCAAAUGAUGAGUAUCACGAUUAUUCUAAAGACAGCUCUGAAGGACUCGGAUAUGCUGGAGAUGAGAAAGAAAGCGUGAAUAGUCCUUCAAUUCCAAAAAGAAAGAAUCAUGAUUAUUCGAUAUAUCGCGUUCCAGAACAUGUGGCAAAAAAUUGGUAUAGUAAAGAUUUCAGUCAUGAGAAUAGGUAGAGGACCUAGAAUAAAUAAAUUAUACACCAACUUUAUCCAUGUCAAUAGUUAAUAUUAGGUGUAUUUAUAUCUUAAGUAGAUGCAAUAAGUUGUUAAUAAUUUGUACAGUGUUAUUGUUAUUAAAUAAAUGUACCUAAUGUUCAAGUCAAUAAAAAAACAAAACUACCUACCUAC